CUUCCACCUUCUAUCAACAAAAAUCCCAAGUUCCAGAAUUUUGUGUAAAGCGAUCUCUAUCCUCUCUUUCUCAUCUGAAAUCUUUUCAACAAUCUCUGAACGAUGAUUAUCAAAUCGGGGUUUUACGUUCAAGCUCUUGUUCUCGUUUUAUUUGCGAGUUUGUCUUCGUCUCAUGGUUUGGUCUCCGCGCCUUCCUAUCCCAAAGCAAUCUCUGAUUUGAAGGAGGCGAUUUUCAAGGGACUGGGGUUCCAGGCUGAUGAUUUCAAGAUCUCCGGAUUCGAUAUGAGAGAUGCUCUGGUGGGGCAUUCUGUGGCAUAUGAAUUCGAUGUGGAAGUAGACAAUAAGGUGCUUCCGUUCAAGCUCCUAGAGGACGUGAAUAGAUGGGAGUACGUUGACUUGCCCAUUUUUCGCACGGAGGAACCUGCCAGACCCGGAGAGGAACAUGGGUUGGUAGAGAAGCAUAAAUCCGAUCGUGGGUUGCCGGUUUUGGCUCCGUUUCAGCUUGCUGGUCCCAUGGAGAUCUGGAUCCAGGAUGCCAAGGAUAUGCGCCUUUCCUUACCACAUGAUGUGGAUGCUGGCCUCUUGAAGAAAGUAGUUUUAGCUGAUGGUGCUGUGGUCACUGUAAAAGGUGCCAGAACUGUUAGCCUGCGCCACCCGAUUGACCUCCCACUUCCCCUAAACCGAACUAACAAUGGAUUUGCUUCUGGCCUUCUAACUCUGGCUGAGCAGCUCCGACAUGCUUCCCGUUCUCAAGUAGCUCCACUUCUUUCCCUGCGAAUUGUUGGCCCUACCUCUCUUACAGCACCCUCCUCUCCAUCGUCUUCAGAUAACAAGCUUAAACUUAAACGCCUUGCACCUGGUCUUGUGGAACUAUCUUCGAUCUCAAAAAAUAAACCCGUGGAUGACUUAUCCACAAUGAAUGUUCAAGAAGGAGCCACGACGAUUUUAACUCCCAAACACUUCACCACAAUGUGGCCUCUUGCUUCCAUCAAUGGUUCAAACCCUAAUUUGGUUGGUUUCGAGGCGUUGCUUUCUUCUGUUCUGGGUCCUAAGGCCAAAGAGAAAGGUUCUUUCAGAUUAUUAAAAGCAGAUGUAUCAGCUCAGACAUUUGUGAAAAUCGGUUUUGGGAUUGAGAAGAAGUUGAAGAAAGGAGAUGGAGUCAACUGGGAGGGUUUUCCAGCAUGGAGGACAAAGCCUGAAACAGUAAGAAUGCAUUUUGAGGUACUGGCUAAGGUUGAUGGUCAGAAGAUUGUACCAGAAAGGGUGAUGCAAGUUGAUCCAGUUGUUGUUGAGGACACUGUGGCACAUAACGUAAUUUCUGGAAAUGUUACUCUGUCCACCACACCUAUGGUUCAUCCCCCUCCCAACCCUUUAACCUUAUGAAUCAAUACAGUUUCUGGGACUCAAAUUUUGGAGUUACUAGAAUUGCAAGGGGAGAACAGUUUUCUUUUUCUUUUAAAUAUGAUAAUCUGUAAACCCAAAAUUUUCUUUUUCCUUUUCCUGUUCCUUUUUUAAUCUGUCUAGUUAUGGGGUGUCUCUAUAAUUAUAAAUCCGCACUGUAUAUAAGAUAUGUGUCCAUUUAAGAAAUCAAAAUAUGAUUUUGCGGUCAUUUUACA